CAUGCAAUGCUUCCUUCCUGUGGCCCCGCAGAGACCAGGGUCCCAGCAUGCAACGCUUCCUCUCCUCCGGCCUAGCAGAGACAAGAGUCCCAGCAUGCAACGCUUCCUCUCCUCCGGCCUAGCAGAGACAAGAGUCCCAGCAUGCAACGCUUCCUCUCCUCCGGCCUAGCAGAGACAAGAGUCCCAGCAUGCAAUGCUUCCCCUCCUCUGGCCUAGCAGAGAUGAGAGUCCCAGCAUGCAAUGCUUCCUCUCCUCUGGCCUAGCAGAGACAAGAGUCCCAGCAUGCAAUGCUUCCCCUCCUCUGGCCUAGCAGAGACAAGAGUCCCAGCAUGCAAUGCUUCCCCUCCUCUGGCCUAGCAGAGACCGGGGUCCCAGCAUGCAACGCUUCCUCUCCUCUGGCUUAGCAGAGAUGAGAGUCCUAGCACAGUGGUUCUCAACCUGUGUGGUCCGUGGCUCGCCUGUCUAAGGGGUCCAUGAAAGACUUAGACUGUAAACUGACUGAAUAGAAUUCAACUAUAUAGACAGACAAUAGAUUUCCAAAAAGGUCCGCACCUCCAUUUGAAAUUUUGUAGGGGUCUGCAAAUGAAAAAAGGUUGAGGACCACUGUCCUGGCAUGCAACGCUUCCUCUCACCUGACCUAGCAGAUGCUCUUACAACUAAACACAGUACCUGGGCUUCACACUCCUUCUCUAGGAAACAAAAUGGUGACCCUGAGAAGAAGAGUAUUUCCAGCCAGUGGGCCGUAGUUGCGUAACAUGGCUGCCUGCUUCGAGAACUUUUCUUUAGCUACUAGUAUCAAAGGAACAGAUGCUGUGCAGAGCGGGAAAGCGUCAAGAGGUUACAAGGUCUCCUCCAUUCCUUAUAAAUACCAGACAAGAAUGAUCCCAAACUCAGAAAAAAAGGGAUUUAAUUCUCAAGCAAAGAGGUUUCAGUAUAACCAGAAUGACAUUCCAGGCCCAGGAUUCUAUAACGUCGUUCACCAGUCUGCGGAGAUUAACAGCACCUCACUGUCGAAGAAGGGAACGGGCUACUUUCCUUCCAUGGAUGCUCGUCUCCCACACAACAGAAAACCCAGCUACCCUGCCGCAAACGCCUACAACCUCUCGUUGGCAUUUCAAUCCAAGCAAGACUUCAGCACGGGAAACUCCAGUAUGUUUCAGCAACCAAUCGCUAAGAGGAGAGCGCAAACCUCCACCCCAGCGCCCAACCAAUACAACGCCUGUCUAGAUUUCUGCAAGCAAAGCAACAACGUGUGUGCCCGGGCGGUGUUUUUGUCCAAAACGACAAGAGGAUUAAGCACUGAUAAAACAGAAAAAUGGCCUUCUCCGUGCCAUUACAGAAUCAAUGAAUCCCUCGUCAAGAAGUCCCCCAGGAUUCUAGUGUCUUGCUUCAGAUCAAAUACUCAUCGCGAAACAAAGGUGAACACAGUAAGCCCAGGGCCUGCAGCGUAUCAGCUAAGCAAACCCCCUAAAGCAGCAAAGAAGACGCCUUCCACGCGAAAGCAAAACUUGAAUUUCUCUGCCCCCGCCAUACCACCAGCUAAAAAUCCCCCUUUGCCUGGACCAGGGCAGUAUGAAAUAGUGGACUACCAAGGCCCACCAAAGCAUUACAUCUCUAGUGCUGUAUUUGUCUCAAACACGGGACGGUGGAGAGGGGACACAUCUCAGCAAGGGAUGCCUGGGCCAGGUACUUAUCUGCCAGAAGUACCAGGGAAGCAGUCCUUUAUCUACAACAUUGAUAACAAGUGGAUUCCAGUACUGUAGACAUCAGAGCCCCCAUAUUUUGGAGAAAUUCUGCAAAGACUGGACUUCAUUCAAAACUAGCACUGCAUCCGCUAACGCAUAGGCAAGCUAUAGUGUCCCCGGCCCCCAUGUUUUAACUGUCCUUAUAGUCUGGUAUCUGAUACUGGUGUUUUGCACAUAUUGCAAACUGAAAGGUGAUCAUUAGGCUGAAAUUGAUCUAAGAUCGUCCAAUUAAGUUGACAUUGAACAAUUCAUGCAAAUAUUGUUUGAUUCUUUUUUACCCUAUGUAAUUAGUGGUCAUGUAUCUUUGGCACUGAUAAAUUCUGGUCAUAUAUCGGCCAAUCACGUGAAAUACAGUAUACUUGCGAUAAUCUAUAUCUUGCUUUUUAUCCCCAGUUGUCUUGGUUAGAGCUGUGGUUCCCCUGAGCCUCCAUUUAGACCUCUGGCUUUUAGAAUGCAUGUGUGCUGCUGGAUUAGGUGCACUCUCUCCCUGUAAACACAAAAUAAAUCUGGGUGUGUCCUAGUCCUGACAAUAAUACAAAUAAAUAAUAAUAAUAAUAAUAAUA